AUGAUUAAUUUAAGUUUCUCCGUUGGCGCUCACGCUCAGACGGAGGAUCUCAUUACUGAUUACUGCGAAUGCAACAGAGUUGAAAAUCGAGCCGAAGCGAAAUAUUUCGAUUUGAGUGAAGAGUCUUCCUUGAUUUCAGAUUCCAGCAGCCUCCCACUCGACCUUUUCUCGAACUUCGAUAUGCAGAACUUGGAUCCAGGGAUGCUUGACAUUAUUGAUGCCCAACUUGAAAUUGCAGCGGGAAAUCGAAGCGUUUCGAAGCUGGUGAAAGUCAGUGUUCAAGGCUUUGCGCUGAUUUUUGGAAGUGUUGCGAAUAUAUUGGUGAUCGCGACCAUUUUGUUAUGGUUUUUGAAUGCUUCGGCUUGGGUCCUGUCCGCGAUCCCAGACUUAGCUCAAGAAAUGCCUUUUCCCUUGCCUCAAGAACAACUGGCACCAGAAGUUAUAACACUCAACGGAGCUUUACUACAACAACGAGCAUAA